AAGCAGUUAGACUACCAACAAAAGAGGAAUUAGAAGACAGACCAGAGGCUGGUCCAGAACCUAGAACGCAAGCAUUUAGAAAUGAUAACAAAUAUAAGAAUUUAAUUAAUAAAGAAUUUAGACGCUUAGGAGAGAUAAAUAAAGGGCAAGAAAGACUGGAGAAUGAUUUAGAAUUUAGAGAGCAAGAAAUAGGUACAGUAGUUAAAAGAAGAGCCAUAGCUGUAUAUCAUACAAAAGUUCCUAAAUCUCAUCCAGAUAAUGGAAGCGAUAUACGAAAAACGUUAGAAAGCCAAAAAAGCAGUUUAGGAAAAUACUUAAAAAAGGAAUUUGAUAAGCAUGGACAAUUUAAGUUUGCUCUUUGUUCUCUUACCAAAUUUCUUAUUAAUGAUAAACCUGGGAAUAAUAAUGCAGAAAAAAAGAAUUCAUGA